AUGGAGUUGCAAUUCUUCUUAAAUGACCUCCCAAGGAAUGACUUUAACAGUCUCUUCCUAUCCUUGGAGGGAUUCAAGAAGAGGUUGGAGAGGGAGAUUAAAGGGGAUUUACUAGUACCGUAUUACGUAGCUGGAGUGGCAGGAUCAUUCUAUGGGAGGUUUUUUCCUCGUGCGAGUGUUCAUUUGUUUUACUCUUCCUUUUGCCUAAUGCGGCUCUCCCAGGUUUCCGAACGACUAAAGACCGAACAUGGUGUUCCACUUAACAAAGGAAAUAUGUAUUGGACAGAGACAAGUUUGGUCGAAAUAGAGAAAGCAUAUCAAGAGAAAUUUCAAAAAGAUUUUUCAAUAUUUCUUAUGUCAUGUCACACGGAAUUGAAUGUUGGGGGAAGGAUGAUGCUGGUGUUUGUCGGCCGAAGAAACAAAACCCCUGGGAAUGGUGACUUUGUUCAUCUUUAUGGACUAUUAGGAGAAGCUCUUAACUUGAUGGUCCUAGAGGGGAUUGUUCCGGAAGAAAAGGUUGACACCUUCAAUUUGCCGACUUACGGGGCUUCUUUCGAAGAGGUGGAGUCGAUGAUCCAAAACGAAGGAUUAUUUGAUUUGGAUCGAGCAGAGAUCUUUGAAUCUAGUUGGGACCCAUUUGAUGACUCUAAAGAUGAUUUCUAUACUAUAUCAAAUCACACCAGAAGUGGAAAAAAUGUGGUGAAUUACAUUCGUGCGGUAGUUGAACCGUUAAUUGUGCAUCAGUUCGGGGUUGCCAUACUUGACGAUCUAUUUAAGCGAUACACACAUCGUGUUUCAAAGCACUUGCUCAAAGAGAAGGCCAAUUAUAUCAUUCUAGUCUUCGCCUUGAAGAAGAAAGCUUAUAAGUGA